AUGCCUAUGCCAAGGCCUAUUCGGAAAUCAGAAUCUGAGACAGCUAAAGCUCCUAAAGUAUUCAUGUUUUUAAAGUUUUUUAUUACUCAUACACUAUUAUUUGUUUAUCAAAUGAUGAAUAGAGAUACGGUGAAACAAUUAAAACAAAAAACGCAUAAAAAAGCCUCUCCUGAAGAAAAAGAGGAAAGAGAAAAUGAGGUUAAUAGUUGGCGAGUGAUUUUAUACAACGACGAUAUUCACAAUUUUAUGUACGUAACUGAGUCUAUUUCAAAGUGCGUCCCUCAGUUACCACUGGCUGUGGCACACCUAAUAACACUGGAGGCACAUAAAAACGGCCAGGCUGAAAUUAUUAGGACAUGGAAAGAUAAAGCUGAACUAUACUGCAGAGGUAAUAAACUAUAA